UUGGAUUCUGAAACUUCGAAGCUCGGAUUUCGAAAACACAGUUCGACCUUCAAACACUGUGUUGAAUUGAGCCCCCGUCCUCGUUGUCAGCUCAUAAUUCGACAAUGAGUGGUGGCCACUCGACCGGCUCCGGUGGUGGGACCAGUUCCAGCCGAUCGCAAUUUCGCAGUCAAACGGGUUGUUGCAUUUGUGGGACAAAAUCGUCUUCCUCCCGGUUCACCAUCAGUACCCGCUAUUCCGAACAUUUCGCCGGAUGUUUUGGCCAACAGGCAGCGGCGCGGUCAGGUGACUUGUGCAACGCUUGUGUGCUUUGUGUCAAACGAUGGUUGCAACGGGACAGGCAAACCGGGCUGUUUGCACAGGUUUUAGACAGUAAAAAAGGUCCUGGUCCAAAACACAUGAAAGAGAUCACAAAGCGUGCUCGUCGUCGCGAGGCUCGCAAAGCAAAUGCAAUGAAGGCGGCUAGUGUGAAAGCAGACCCAGGCUCGAACGUGAACACAAACAACUCCACCAGUUCAACACCUGUGAAUCGCGGUUCCACUUCAACACAUUCCGGCCCGUCGUUUGCCACGCGGUCGACUAGCAAUGCUACGGCGUCUAACGGGAUCACCUCAGGUGGAGCAGCCCAUCGUGGUCCGUCGUCAAUGAACGAUUCCAGUCGGUUCUUGUCAAGCAGACACGGGGCUGGAUGCAACACAAACAACUCCUACGUCCAUUCAGCAUCAGGGCAUCAUCCAAGUGCUGGUGAAUCGGCUCGAUCCACCAGCCGUUCUGGUUGUCAAUGGUCAGGCAGAACGAACGCCGUUCAGACGAGCGGUCAUCCCACCAUGCCGUGCUGUACACAACAUCAACGAAUGUACUUUUCUCCUCAGCCCACUGGGGCAACUUUCACCCGGGCCGCUGCCGCUGCCAUCCGCAAAUGUGAAGCCAGAUGUAAAUUGCUAUUAUUCGUUUCCAAGUUUCACGUGAUCAGCACUAUGGGCCGUUUUUUGUUCAACUGUCUUCCCCGCCACACAGUCAUUCAGUCCACUGGAAACGCUCUGUCUUGCUCCACUCCGUCUCGUGGUGGUGUUUGUGGUGCGUGUACAGGCACCAAACGGACACCAAACACUUCGUCGACCCCGUCAGAGACAAGCGAAUAUGGCAGUGGCCUUAUCAGUCUUUCCUGUUGUUCCACAUCAUCCGGUUCGCAUUGCCCCAUGGUCGGUGGAACGUCGAGCAGCUGUUGUAGCAACAGCAGCUGUGGCGCUGCCAGCAGUGGCAUUGGUUGCGGUCUGAACUACUCACCGCCUUGCUGCGCGUUCUGCUGUACCGGUUCGGAUGCCACACCGUCCAAACACGGCAAAUACGAGUUGGACAGAAGUUGCCUAUGCCGCGGCUGUCCUUGUGUUGGCCAUCAGAGCCUCUGUCAUGCAGCCUCUUCUAUGGAUUGCUGCAUGGCCCCUCCGGAAUUUCGGCACCCCCGUCCACCCCCCGGCAGUUCCUCCAACGGUGUCGGUCGUAAUGGCGCAGCGGAUCCGCUCCACGCUGCCGACAAUGGCAAUAACAGCAACAGUGGCAGUUCAUCCUCCGUUUCCACACCUCCCAAUUCGACCCCAACUCGGCGUUAUAAUCGCCGUGUUGUUUUACCCCCGGUUCGAAUGAGCCAUAACGAAGAAGUGAAUUCAUUGCUUCGAGAGAUUAUGGAACGACAUUUCGAUGACCAGCAUGACAUGGUGAAUACAUCGCACUUGAUUCCUCGUUUUCUGCUUACUUCUUUUGCCUUCAGAAACAGUCAGGCGAUCACGUUUGACUCUCGAGAGAUGCAUAUGGCCGUGCAGAAAGAAUUGCGUCUCCGAAGCCGAACAGUUCAAGGCAAUUCUACCUCGGACUCUGUAUCGGGACGUGCAUCUUCUAUUAGCUCUGCUGAUGGGUCUGCGGAUGCUCGAACUAGCAGCAGUACUCAUGCAAUGGCCACUUGCCCGAGCAAGGUACCAGUGUCUGGAGCAACGGAGCAACACUCUAGUGAACAUUUUACGAAGCGCCAUCGAGCCCAUCACUGUUGUGCUCGGUAUCACACACAUUGCUGUCAUCUGCGCCAUCUUCCUUGUGUCUGUUCUUCUAACUCACAUCAGCACCGAAAAGUCUAG